CUAGGGUUUACAUAUGUUUAAGAUUUCAGAUCUGAGUUUUCUCAUUCAAAAAUAUAUGUUUGAGAUCUGAGAUUUCUCAUUCAAAAAUAUGUUUGAGGUUUUGAAAUUUCUUACUCUAGUUUUGUUCUUUUGAUUGACUCAAAGCUAGAUGAUGAUGUGGGAAAUGUUGAAAUGGAACUUUUCUUACUUUCGAAGUUUGUGAAAUCUUCGGUUUCUUCAUGUAGCGAAAUACAUCUAGAUGCAGAACAGAGCAAUCAUAUCGUGGCACUAAAGGUGCUUUUCAAGAGCCAGCUGAAACAGUCUCAGGUUGAACAUCAGCUUCGUCGUGAAGUUGAAAUCCAAAGUCAUCUCAGACACCCUAAUAUUUUACGCCUUUAUGGAUACUUCUAUGAUCAGAAACGAGUUUAUUUGAUAUUGGAAUAUGCCGCCAAGGGUGAGCUGUACAAGGAGCUACAGAAGUGUAAAUACUUUAGUGAAAGACGCUCUGCAACUUGGAGAGUGUUGAGCAUGAUGCAAGUGUAGACAUAUGGAGCCUUGGUGUCCUCUGCUAUGAGUUCCUUUAUGGGGUUCCACCUUUUGAAGCAAAUUGCUCUAGAAGUAUUUUAAAUUCACUUAGCCUUUGUUGUGGAAGAUGAUUUGGAGCUUUCUCCUCUAUAUUGCAAAUUUUUAAGGGGUUUGA